AUGCUUUCCCAACGAGCCAGCUGUAGUCGAAGUAGUUUCACAGACGAUGAUUCUGACCAUGAUGAGAAUAUCCUUGUUCAUAGAAAAAGUUCAUCAUCAAGGAAAAAAUCGUAUAAAAAAUGGACAAAAGAAGAAGAUGAACGCUUGAAAGAUUUUAUUAAUUGUAAUGGCGGUUUAACAGAUUGGUCACGUAUCUCACAGUAUGUUGGUAAUGGUCGUACCGAUGCUCAAUGUCAACAUCGUUGGGAACGAUUUCUCGAUCCAUCGAUUACGAAAGGUCCAUGGACAGACGAGGAAGAUCGAAGAGUGAUCGAACUCGUGCGUGACUAUGGUGCUCGCCAAUGGAGUUUGAUUGCUAAGGAACUCAAAGGACGUGUGGGGAAACAAUGCCGAGAAAGAUGGCAUAAUCAUCUCAAUCCUGCUAUUAAUAAAAAUCCUUGGACAAAUGAUGAAAAUCUUCUGUUAUUUGUCUUGCAUCAACAUUUUGGUAAUAGAUGGGCAGAAAUAGCCAAAUAUUUCAAUGGUCGGUCGGACAAUUCCAUAAAAAAUCAUUGGAACUCUUCGAUGAAGAAAAAAUUCGAACUGGAAGUAACUAAUCUAAAACAACAAGGACUCGAAUGGACUGCAUUAAUUCCAUCAGACUUCUCAUGGCCUAAACUGGACAAAACAACUUCUCCACGACCAGCUUUGACAACAAUUACUAAUCAAACGAUUCGUUCAACUGUCAAAAGAUCUUCCAAAGGACACGCGCAGUUAUCUACAUCAAUGCCUGCUGUUAAAACUGAAACUUCUGUCCCGAUUGUGAACAGUGACAAUAGUCUUCAACAUUUUUUCCCAACGACUGAUUACAAUAAUAUUGAUGUCGCGCCUGUCAAUCAUUUAACAACAGUUUAUUCUGAUCACUUACAGCCCGUAUCAUCCCAAGCAACAUCGAAUUCUUCGCAAGAUCUCGAACGUUUAUUCUAUUGUACACCACCAUCUCCUGCUAAACAAUUACCUAUGCUCUCAUCUUGUGCGGAUUAUACGACUUCAAGUCAAAACUCUCAAACCGAUCAUCAUUUAUCUCUAUUUCCACCAAAUCUUUCAUAUUAUCCUCCUCUUCCUUCAUCACAAACUUCAUCAAUAUCCACAUUUACUGCUUCAUCGUCUCAAUCAUCGUCGCAAUUAACGAACUUUUCACCAGAAACGAGAAAUCAUAACAAUCGAAGUGUCUUUACUACAGAUAAUUCAUAUUCCUUUACCUACAGUUCUCAAAACGAAAUCAAAGACGAAACGGAGCAUUUAUUAAUUGAAUUAACUUCUUCGAAGCAAACAGGAGAUCUCGUCAUCUCUCCCAAAACGAUCUCGAACACGUCAUCGCCUUCCAAACAUCGUGUUCUUAAUACUCCUGAACGUCUAGAUCAACCACAUCGAAUUCACGUUACAGAACAUGAUUGGUUCGCUGAUUAUUUUUCAUAUCCUCAGCAAACAACAACGACAACAAUGUUUCAGGAUACCCAAGUAUCUACACGACCGACCAUUAUGCGACGGAAUAAACGUCUGCAUAAAUACCAGUCUACCAUUCUUGAAACGAAAAAACGUGAAAAACUUGCGAAGAACUUGUUCCAUUCUUCGACAAAGCUCAAAGACGAACUAGGCUAUGAUCCAACCUACGAAGAAAUUAUAAUCGGUCAAACUCCUAUUCAACGACAUGUGACAGAGCAAGCUAGACGAUAUCUUUCUUGUUCGUCAUUAGCUAAUUUUACUUGA